GGGCCCUCUCUCCGAGUUCCCCUCAAAGCAUGUCCCUCCGUUUGCUCAAUGUCCCCUUAAUUUCCUCCUCCUCCACAUCCCGCCUUCUCCGCCCCCGCCACUUCUCUCGAUCAUCAUGCCUCAAAGACUUCCAUUUCGAUACACACCACUUUGUCCAGCGUCUGGAACGCGAAGGGCUGAAUCGGGCACAGGCCGAGGGCAUCAUGUCGGCAAUGGCUGAGGUUAUCGACGAGAGUAUACGGAAUAUGACGAGUAACAUGGUCACAAAGGCCGAACAGGAAAAGCAUCACUAUACCCAACAAGUCGACUUUGCACAAAUCAAGUCCGAGCUGCAGUUAAUGGAGAAGAACGACCUCGCGAUGAUCAAAGCGGAGAACGACCGGCUCGUCGCGGAUAUUGAGAAGUUGAAGCAACGGCUUCGGGAGGAGAUUAUGCGGACGCAGGGUGGGGUGAGGUUGGAUUUGAAUUUGGAGAAGGGGCGGAUGAGGGAGGAGAGUAGUGGGCAGGAGUUGAAGAUUAAGGAGGUGGAUACGAGGAUAGAGCAGGAGAUUGCUGGGUUGAGGACUACGAUACAGGCGUCAAAGGCUACGACGUUGCAAUACCUUGUUACAAUUGUGACCGGUUGUUCUGCGCUUCUAAUGGCCUACUUGCGAUUCCGUUCAUGA